AUGAGUAACCACUCGAGAGCUCCCUCGACCGAUUCCACUCGCCCUCUGAAUCUCGCCGGCCUCAUUCUGGCUGAGCACCGCAAGAACGAGAGCGAGAACCUUGCAGAGCUGGAUGCCCAGCAGCGGCAAAGACAACAGGAUCCAGCUACUAAUGGAGGCGAUAUCAAUACUCUGAACAACACCGCACUCUCCAGUUUGGAACCUGGCCAAACUCAAAAAUCACAGGGCCUGGCCAGUGUCGUCGACCGGGUGCGUCAGGCACAGAAACAGGGCACCUUUGUCCAGCCUGGUGUUCCUGCCGAUCAGACGCCCCAGGCAACUGGAGGAGGAGGACAGGACCAGGAACAACAAAAGCAACAACAACAACAACAACAACAACAACAGCCUGAGGAGCAACGCGAGCACUGGUACUCGACCUUCUUGCCCAAACACCUCCAUCGUCAUCAAUAUGAUGAGUCUGAGAGCAGCACCGCAGCCCCCACUCAGCCAGACAUCGAAGUCGUGCCCCCAAAGGAACUGACAACAAUCGGUCAUGCUGCUGGUGCAUUUGCAAGUGCUUCCCGUGCCAACAACCUCGAGACCAUCGACUUUACAAUCGAAUCUCUGGGGGUAACCGGUGCAGCCGCCCCCGCAUUCUUGCUGAGGACAGAUGAGAAAGGUCGCCGUCCUCCUCCUAUUCUCUUCCAGCUCCUCAAGCUCGGUAUUGUUGACUCGGAGAUAAACCCAAACAUUAGCCGACAAGUUGUUUUCCGUAUCGAACUACAGUAUGGCGACAUCAAAUGGGUCAUCCGUCGUUCCCUCUACGAGUUUUACAAGUUGCACCUUAAGCUCAGUGCAAAGCGGUACCCCGGCUUGCCGAAGUUCCCCAACCAGGUUUCCUGGGCACUGUCAAUAGCCAAAGCUGGUCUCCAUAUGGCUGAUGAUGACAAUGAGGCGGGUAUAAAGGAGGCCAACCUCGCGCGUCGCAAGGCCCUGCAGACUUACUUCCUGCAAGUCCUACAAGUAUUGAACGGCACUGUCGCCUACGAUCUGUACGAGUUCCUCGAAAUUUCGGUCUUGUCGCUGACCAAGGACAUGGGAUGGAAGGGCAAAGAGGGCUAUGUCGAAACCAAAGUCUUGGACACCUCGAGGACGUUCUGUGGUCUCAACUUUGGCUUCAACGAUUACGAUAAGUCCUGGGCGAUCCUGCGCGACUCGUACCUGUCCUUUGGCCCUUCGAUUAGCUCGGACGAAUGUUCGGAUGUUUUCAUUUUCGACCAAAACUUUUAUGUCAUUGCCAAGGAGCAUGUACUCGGUCUGAACCAGCACCACAUCGAGAUUGGAAAUAGUCACCGCAAGAUCGAGAUCAAGGGCGACCGGAAUCGCGAGAUGGUUGAGUGGUUCGAGUUCUUCCAAAAGAUGCAGACCCACAGUCCCUGGGUCAAGGGGCAUCGAUUUGGGAGUUUUGCGCCCGAGAGGGAAGACGCCAAGGUCCGUUACUAUGUCGACGGCAAGGAUUACUUCCAUGCAGUGUCAGACGCCAUCCUGGCCGCCAAGAACGAGAUUUAUAUUGCCGAUUGGUGGCUCUCACCCGAGCUGUACCUUCGUCGCCCACCAGAGAAGAACGAAGAGUUCAGAUUGGACAGAUUGCUCAAGAAGAAGGCACAGGAUGGAGUAAAGAUCUAUGUUGUAGUCUACAAGGAGAUCACGCUUGCACUGACCAUGGACUCUGCCCACACCAAGACCUGGCUCCAGGACCUUCACCCCAACAUUCAAGUCCAACGCCACCCUGAUCAUAUAAGUGUCACAGCAACUCAGUUCUGGGCUCAUCACGAGAAAAUUUGUGUGGUUGAUUGCCGACUGGCGUUCAUUGGAGGAUUGGAUCUGUGCUUUGGAAGAUACGACAGCAGAACCCAUCAGCUCUCGGAUUACCACCCCUCUGGAAACGGCACCAUCUGGCCUGGUCAGGACUAUUCUAAUCCUCGCAUCAAGGAUUUCACCAAUGUCAAGGACUACAACAAUGACCUGAUUGAGCGCAAGUUGCUAGGUCGUAUGCCCUGGCACGACGUGUCGAUCGGAGUUGCAGGUCAGCCCGCUCGCGACAUCGCACGCCAUUUCGUCCAACGGUGGAACUUUGUCAAGCGUGAGAAGGGUAUGAAGAAGUCCCAUAUGAAGUUCCUGACUCCCAAGGGUGAAUUCGUCAGCACCCGUAAUGAGACUGGAUGGACGGGGUCCCAGAAGAUUCAGAUUUUGAGAAGCAGUACUAAUUGGUCCCAGGGUGUUGAUCUGGAGCACUCGAUCUUGAAUGCUUACUUGUCGAGUAUUGAGACUUCGCAGCAUUUCAUUUAUAUCGAGAACCAGUUCUUUGUGACGUUGGCGGCUGAGAAUGGUAACCCUGACCUCAAGAACACGAUCGGUCUGGCAUUGGUCAACCGUAUUGUGCGUGCACAUCAGGAGGGCCAAAAGUUCCGCGUCAUUGUCGUGAUGCCGUUGAUGCCUGCCUUCGAGGCCGACAUCAUGUCGAGCGAGGCCGGUACACUGAGAAAGGUCAUGCACUUCCAGUAUGUCUCGAUCUCCCGCGGAGGAAACUCUGUCCUUGAGCGUCUGGAGUCUUUCGGAAUCAACCCCGAGCAGUACAUUGGAUUCUUUGGUCUUCGCAGUUUCGAUCGUAUCAAGCAUGGAAAGUUCGAUGCUAUUGUUGAAGCUGUCAAGGAAGCUGAGGCUGAGGGAAAUCUCAAAGGAACUCCUGAGGAGGUUAUCCAGCAGCACCAGGAGCAGCAACAGCGGGAACAACAGGAGCAGCAGGUACAAGAGCAACAGGAACAGGCACAGGAGCAGACCCAAUCUUACAUGUUGUCUGUCCCCGGUGCAGAUGCUCAGCAACUUGGUGGCGAGAUUCGUCGAUCGAAAUCGCUGGCUUCCAAGUUCUUGUUGGACCCUCUCCCUCACAGCAAGGAGGCUGCCCGUAUCAAGGCCAUCUUGCACCAGCGCAGGGCUGCCGAUCUGGGGUGCACUUGGGACGAGAGUAUUACCAAGCGUGCGAUGAGUGUUGCCAAGAAGGAGCAUGGAUAUAUCCCUGCCGUUACCGAGAGAACACUGGCGGACCACAAGGUCUUCAACACCAUCCAUGCGGACACCGACAGGGCUGAGGUCGAUGCCAAGAAGCGCCAUUACCAGGGCGGCGGCACCGAGCAGUCUGAGCCCCACGUUGCGGAGGGUAUGGGCGUCAUGUUCAGAAACACAGCCAACAAUAUCAAGGGCACCAAGACCCAGGGUGAUCUAGAGCCCAAGCACCACAUUAUUACUCGCAACCCGUUGAUUUACCACCCCGAGACCAAUGGUGGAAUUGUACAGGAGGAUGGUGUUGAUCGCGAAUUUGUCCAGUCACGUAAUGAGGCUGAGGCGCUUGUGGAGCCCAACCCUCAGGAGUCGGCUGAGGCUGGUGGUGAGACGUCAAGCACCAACUCUGAAGGCGAGACCAUGGUCGAGGACAAUGAGGUCGAUGACUUUGUGACUGAGCAGUUGUAUAUUCACAGCAAGCUUAUGAUAGUCGACGACCGCAUUAUUAUCAUUGGUUCAGCCAACAUCAACGAUCGUUCGCAGGUCGGCUACAGAGAUUCAGAGAUUGCCAUCAUUAUCGAGGACUCUGAGACUGUCACCUCCAAGAUGAACGGCGUCGAGUACCAAGCAGGCAAGAUUGCGCACGGGCUUCGCACUGAUCUGUUCAAGGAGCAUUUGGGACUCUUGCCUCACGUUGAGCACGACACUGUCACCAGCGGAAGUGUCCUCCCCGUCGAUUUGGACGCACCCAGCAAAGACCCCGCCGAAGUCCGUCGUGAGUUGAUCCGCGCUGCUGAAGAAGAGCAACAGCAGCUCCUUCUCCAGCAGCAGCAAGAGCAGCAGGAACUUGAACAGCAACAGCAGUUGAAUCAGGAGAUCCACCAGGAGGAAGGAGAGGAGGAUAGGAAGAAGAAGUGGAAGAAGAAGUGGGCCAAGAUGCACAAGAACAACUAUGGCCACAUCCAGGUGACCACGCCCAACGAGGACGAAACCCGCGCCCAUAUCCAAUGGCACUCUGGCCUCGCUGCUGCAUCCCAACCGCAGGAACAGGCCAAGGCCAAGGAAGUCCCCCUAACCGCCGACCAGGUCGUCAUGGAUCCCCUCUCCGACGACUUUUAUGACGGCUGGUGGACCCGGGUCGCGAAAACCAAUACAGAAAUCUUCCGAGAAGUCUUCCACUGCGUCCCCGACAACAAUAUCGAGAACUGGGACCAGUACAAGGCCUUCGUCCCCAACCCCAAGAAGGUUAUGACGGGACAUGUGGCCAUGGAAGGCGCGACUGUUGAGAAUGUGACGGCCAAGUUGCAGAAGGUGACGGGACAUUUGGUCGAGUUUCCGACAAAGUUCUUGUGUCAGGAGAACCUUAUGGGGAAUGCUGUCGAGUCUACCGUUACUCCAAUGGAGAUCUUUACUUAG